CCCACAGUUGCCGCAGGCUGCGGAGGAGGCGGGCCAGCCUGCCUGCCUGGCCAUGAUGGCGGCUGCGGAAGCGGCUUCGGCGCCGGUGCUGCUCUCCUGCCUGCUGGGCCACUUGGCGGGCCUGCUGGUGGCGGCCGGGCAGGGCUCGGGGCCCGCGGGCCAGGCCCAAGUGGAGGUGGUUUUGCUGCCCCCGCCGGCCGAGGAGCUGCCUGAAGCCGACGGGAGUUACACCUUGCGGGGCGGGCUGCUGGGCAGGCCCGGCCUGGAGCGGGAGAAGCCGCUGCAAAAAGCCGGCGAGCAGGAGGAGGAGGAGGAGGAGGAAUUGGAGCAGGAGGAGGAGGAGAUCCGGGGCAACUUGGUGCUGGUCGGGGAUACUGACCCGAAGUUGGAGGAUGAUGAUGGAUGGAUUGGUGUUGUCCCAGUUGGUGAAGAACAGGCUGAGAUCCCCAGAGGCAGCAGAGAAGAAUCUUUCACCACUGCUGUGGUCAACAAGAUGAAGCGGGCCCUCGUCUUGGGCGCCUCAGCCCUGCUCAUCCUUGCACUGAACCAGAACGCGAUCCGCGAGUUGGACGUUUCCCAGGUUCUCUCGAAGCCUGUGAUCAUCAUUCAGACUUCAGAAAAUGUGACCAGGCUCCUUGGAGCACUGCUGCGAGGUCUCCGUGCAACAGCAAAAAUCACGUACCAAGCUGUACUGUUGGAGAAUGUGGGGGUGACUUUGACACUUUGGUCAACAUGUGGCCUCUCGCGGGGUGGCCUGUAUGGAGAAUGGCAGGGUGUCAUCUGUACAGGAGAGAACAGCUCGAGAGUCCAGAAAUAUCUCCAGCAGCUGUGGAAUGCCAUCCUGCUGAUCGCUCUGAUCCUGUGCACAGGAGUGAUUGUGCAGGCACAGCGGCAAUCCCGGCACAGCCAGCUGGACCAAGACUCUGAGCUGGACCUGAAGCAGCACAUCGCACAGAGGCUUUCGGCCCUGAAAACCCGCCGCUACCACCCCGGCAAGCUGCCUCGGAGCUGGGCUCACGAGAUCGACAGCUGUGCCAUCUGUCUGGAUCAGUUUCACAAGAACCAGUGUCUUCGAGUGCUACCCUGCUUGCACGAAUUUCACCGGGACUGCGUGGAUCCGUGGCUGCUCUUGCAGCAGACGUGCCCCCUCUGCAAACACAACAUUCUGGGAAACUGCUGCGGGGAUAGCUAGCUAGACUGCGGCUAUCCUUGAGGACCGAUCUGCCAGUGCUCCAGGAGAAAGUGGUGUGAGAAGGAGACAGAACUUUGACCCAUGGAGCCUUUUGGCUUGGCAGCUGCUUAGGGUAACGAGGAAGCAACACUCUUAGCACAUUGGGCUUCCUUGGGAUGGGAAACGUACGUAUGUAAAAUAAUGCGUUCAUCUGUUCUUGGACCCCAUUGUCUGUCUUCACUCCGGAUUGAAUUUGUUGCCCUUUUGGUGUGUCCAGUGGCAUAACCAGAUGGUGUGAAUCCUGCUGUACCUGGCUGCGUUGGAGAUGGCCAGUGGUCUCCCCUCUUGGGGAAAUGAGCCUCGGGCUGCUGCAUUUACCUUUACAGUCGUAUUGUUUAGACAACUUGAGGGCAGGAAGGGCUCCUGGGGGGUGGGUGGGUGGGUCAGAUGGAUUACCAAUGCUUGCUAAUUUAUGCUAACUUAUUAGAGAAGAGCCUGACAGUAUCUGCAGGGCUGAGCAAUACUGUGGAAGUGCUGUAAACUCAGCCCCAGUUGGGUUGCAGGACUCAAGGCAUCACUUGGGCAUGUAAAGCCCCCAUACUAAUAAAAACCAAGCAAGGAA